AUGGCCCGUUCCCCCGCCGCAAACAGCUGCGGACUGCGAAGGCGUCAGAUACGCAUGCGCAAGACGGCCGGCGGUGGGCUACAAGGCAGAGUGGAACGCUUGGUGCAGGGCAAGGCAGCAGAGGUGAGCAGGCUUGGAGAUUGGAAAGCCAUGCCUCUCUUUGGGAACACAUUCAGUCCAAAGAAAACUCCCCCUAGGAAAUCAGCCUCUCUCUCCAACCUGCACUCGCUGGACAGAUCGACCCGUGAAAUUGAGCUGGGCCUGGACUAUGGCACUCCCAACAUGAACCUCACUGGACAGAGUCUGAAGUUUGAGAAUGGCCAAUGGAUAGCAGAGUCAGGGAGCAGCAGUGGGGAUCGCAGGGAGACACAGCGCCUGCGCAAGCGGAACCAGCAGUUGGAGGAAGAAAACAAUCUCCUGCGUCUGAAAGUGGAUAUCCUGCUGGACAUGCUCUCUGAGACCACAGCUGAGUCCCAUCUGAUGGAGAAGGAGCUGGAGGACCUGAAGAGUCACAGCCGGAGGAGGAAGUGAACAACAGCAAGAAACGGGGUUAGGGGACAGGCAAGCAAGGGAAUCUGGUUUGAAUUCUCCAUCACCCAUGCAAGCAGGGCUCCUAAAGCUGAAGGGCUCCUAAAGCCUGGCUGGGGCAGCUUCAUUGUCUUGGUAGCACUUGGUGAUAUUACAGUCCGCUGGACAGGUAGCCAAGUUCCAAUGGCUUGAAAUGUUAAUGGGGCCUCCAAUCAGAAGGAUCUACUAUACUACUCCAUAGAGCUGCUGCAAUGCUCUUGAUAAGUCACUGUAGGACAUGUUCUGUAGUGAUGAACAUCUGUUUCUCCCAGACCACUCCUCACUUCUUUUCCUCUAUAGACCUGCCACUCAAGGCACAGAGCCGUUGAUGGAAGCACAUGUUGAUAAUCUGUUUUCUCAAGGAGUGCUGGGCAAGAGUCCUUUCUAUACUGUGAGCAGAGGAGUAUUUGUGAGUGGAUGGUAGGGAAGAUGUCUUUGUAUAUGUGCAUGGCCUUAGUGUCUCUGGUUUGCAGAUUCUGUAUGGGUCUCCUUGCUAAUAUCUCACAAGCUUCAGAUUGGCCCUUCCCCUGACUCCUGUUCUAAAAAUCAAAUAACAUCCUAAACUAAAAUAGUCUUUCCAUUUUCAGAUAUUUAUUAUUAUUAUUUUUGUACAAACCAUUAACUCUGCUUCCUGCUGUUGGCAGGUGGGUUUCUGGAAUUGUUUGUUCUCCUGAGUGUUUCUUACGUUUGUAUAAAAUGAAAACAAAUUAAAAAAAUUCUAUAAAAUUAAAACAAAUCACAUUUGUGAAUCAGUUACAUUCUUGCGAAGGUCGGGAUCAGGUUACAGGCACAUGUGUAUAUACACACGCACGCACACACAUAUAUAAAAACAGUAGCACCUAUAAGCCCUAACUGAAAGCAGGCCCCAGUGCGCUAGAUGCUGCAUAGACAUGUAGUGAGAAACAGUCCUUGCCCUGAAGAGCUUACAGUCUGAUUACAUAGG